CGGACGAAAUUACCUCCGGAAAGCGGAUUCAAGCCACCUUAUCAAAGACUUAUUUAUCAGCGCUUCGCUUAAGGAUACUUGCAGAUCUUCAACUUUCACUCAAAAACACCCACCAUGAAGAUGAAACAACACCACUCUCCAGACCCCUUGGCCGGGUGGUCUGGAACGAGUGUGCAUAUCAUGUUCUUUUUAACCUUGCUUGUCAUCCUUGGAUCACUUUGGUUGUCACCUGUAUCUACUUCGUGUGUGUGCGUCCUACCAGGUCCGCUGAGGGCCGCGGGUACAUCUCCCGCUUCUUGCGCUGGCUCGGCUUGGACAAGCAGAAUACCAUCGACUACAGAUUGGACCAGCAGUUGAUCACAGAGGUUUUCCGCGAGUUACCGUUCUUGAUCACCCCAGUUUCGUUGCGCACCCAGUACGAGAAACAGAAACUCGUGUGGAA